AUGCGAGAUGACGGACCUUCAGGUUUCCCGCUCGUCGACCUUCUGCUGCUGGAGGAGGAGGUGAAGGCGCACGGGGAGCCGAGGCAGGGGGAGCGAGUCAUGUGCAGCGAGAAGGUCGUCGAGCUGCUCGAGCUCGUGUGGGACGGGAAACCUACGCAGGAUCCUCCGAGCCCGUCGAUAGCAGAGAUUCGAGGUCAGGCGAUGAAAGAGCUGAAUAACCUCAGACAUGAUCACGUUCGAUUCCUCAACCCUACUCCUUACAAGGUCUCGCUCUCCGAGGACCUCUUCACAAUGAUGCACGAACUAUGGCGGACCGAAGCUCCCAUCGCCGAGCUCACCUGA